UGAAGAGUUUUGGAUCACGUAAUAUUCCUGGCUCAGUCGAAAAUAGCCCGCGGGAUAGCGACGUCGCACGCGCAAAUAAAACAAUAUGGGUUGCGGUACUUGUGUUAAAGUCAUAGUUUUCAUCACCAAUAUAUUACUUGCAUUGGCAAGCUUGGCGCUGAUCGGCGUCGGCGUCGCGGCGUUAUUGAUCGUACACGGCGAUGGCCCCAUCGUUGUCAUCGUUGUCGGCGCCAUUGCCUUCGUCAUCUCAUUCCUGGGCUGCUGCGGUGCCUUAAUGGACAGUCAGUGCAUGUUGUUCUCUUACUCAAUCCUGCUGAUCAUCCUGAUGAACCUGAAGACCGCAUUGGCGACGGCGAUCGUGGUGGCCCAGGACUCCAUAAAGUCUACAGCUACGGCUCUGCUGCAACAGCAGUUCGAAGCCGACAACACGUCCAUCUCCUGGCUUGAGGACGCGUUAAAGUGUUGCGGCACGCAUGGUGCCCGCUCGUACCCGUACCUGCAGCUGCCGGCGUCUUGCUGCAACGGAGACAACUGUACCAUCGUCAACGCAUACCCCGGCUGCAAUGGUGCGCUGAACGAGUUCGUCGAGGACUUCGGACUGGGCAUCGCUGGCUGCUGCGUACUGCUGAUCGCCAUUGAGUUGAUCGCAGUGAUCUUCGCCCUCUACCUGGCCAACCACGUGGCAAACAAGUAUAAGAGUCGCUACUGAUUUGGUUGGUAAAGUGCUUGGUGGGGGACUGGGGGAACUAGAAGCGGUGACCAUCGUGGCACAAAUGUGAACUUUAGCGGGCCAACAUUUUCAUACCGUUAGGGCACCACUCACCACUACUCGACACUAACUAGGGCUAGUUUAGUUAGCUGGACAGUCGUAGAGCUAAACUAAGUGACUAAAUAGGUAGAUAAUACUAUUUAACCACUUGACGGGUUAGUUGUCUUUUACAAGAGUCAAGCAUUUCACUUUAUGUAGGUAAAUAAGGUAGGUAUGUACUUACGUUAAUGCUUUUAAAUAGUUAUUUAUGGUACAAGUUUGUAAGUAUUUCGUGACUAGUGACUUUUUAGUAAUUAGUGACUUUUGCUUGUCACCUGACGAUUUGUAGGUACUUUAUUACGCGUGAGAACCUUUACGAGCUGGUGUGGUGAAAAAAUAAUUGUACUCUUUGUAUGUCUAAUAUUUUUUAUGAUUGUAAGUAGGUAUUAUUUUUUCAUUGUCAAUGAUUAAUAUUAUUUUUGUAAAAUAAGUAAUUUGCAAAUAUAUAAGUAUUUUUA